CUAGACUAUUCCAGGUGAUCGUAGAUGGAUCUAAUCACACAUUUCAUUUAAAUGAAACGUUUCCAAGGUUCCUCGCCACAAAUGGAACCCUGACUUUGGGAGUGUCACAUCGUUUUGUUGGAGGUGUAAUAGAUUUUGAGACUGGGAAAAACUUGCUUGGGUAUCUGUACCUGUUCAGAAUGUGGGGAGAGCAGUUGAGCGCUCAGCAGCUGGAAGCAUGGAAAUGUGUAGAUGGAAACAUUGUGAUGUGGAGAGAGCAAGACUGGAAGUAUAGGGGAUGCCAACCAAUGCCAGACGCAAGUUUGAAAUGUGAAUGGUCAAAAUAUCAAAUUAAAAUGAACACGUCUAUAACACAAAAGACCAAUAACUACAACACUGAGAAUGAAAUGAAGGAGAUCUUUCUUACUUGGCUUACGAAUAUUUUCCCUCAAAGCCUAUCAGUGCAUUCUUUAUUCCUAUCACAUUUAAGCUCUCAAACAAUUGAUGAUUUAAAUCCAUACGUUAAAGAGGACAUUCAGGGUAGAGGAAAUCAGGCAAACAAGAAACAAUGGUUUGACCUUCUGGUGUUUGUGAGAGAGGUACCUGGAGCUGAUGUAAGUGAAACAGAGGCUGAGAUACAGAAGCUCCUUAAACCUUCUUACAACCAUGACAAAAACAUCAUCCUAAAAACAGAUCCAACAUCUAUAUACGUCCUCUCCGUAGCCCACUUUCCCAAUGUUACUGUGGAUCCUUCUUUGACUACUGCUAUUGCUACCAAGUAUCCUGUCACAGAAAAUACACACAUUGUAACGUCAGUAACUCAGAAAUCCUUACAGACAAGGGAAAUGGAAAAUACAAGUUGUUCAACUAUUUUACGACCAGACCAAGAUUUUGGAGACACUUUUUUCAGAGUCUAUCUCAACCUUACAAUGAGCGAAAAUAUCACAACCCCAAAAAACACCCUACAGCGAUGGCUUCAACAAACACUGGCAGAUCAAGGAAUGGAACCAUUGAAUCUUGUACUAGAAGGAUUUCCAAAGUACAUCAGCAGCUUUCAUGUUAAAGCUCCUGGAAAAGUGGAUGUCAUACGGACACAGGGGCUGAUUUUUGAUCUGUUAAGAAACGGAUCCUCGAACGAUUCAAUUAUUAUAAAAGUUCCAAAUGAUGAAGUCCACGUCCUCCAUAUAGAACCGGGUCUUUGUCCUGAGGAAAUUACGCACACAGUGUAUGGUAUAUACAUAUGGCCUGACAUGACGGCUCAAACCCCAUAUUCUAUGUGGUGUGUGAAAGGCGAGGAAAGUGCUAAAAGGUUUUGUCAAUUAAACGGGGAAACUGACAGAGCAGUCUGGGACCCACCAGACAUGAGCAUGUGCAUGACGACCGUAUCAGAUUUUGAAGAUCUGGAAAAUAUUGAAGUUACAGCUAACAAUUCAGCAGAUAUUGUGAAUUUGAUUGAGGAUCUGUUGAAGGACGAGAACAGUCUGACUGAUGCACAGCUGGAGAUUAUUAUCGAUAAACUGUCUGCGGUCACUAAGAUCGCAACCUUGACCACAGUGCUGGCCAGCAGCAUUACAAAUACACUUUCAAAUAUCUGUGAAUAUACAACCAACCUCAGCCAAGUCACCAAUGAAAUACUGUAUAUCACAGACCUCAUGGGAGACAGAACGGUGUUCACAGGAUCUUAUCAUAACAUGACAGCCCCUUCAUUGGCACUGCAGCUGAUCAACCCAGACACCACACAGUUCCAAGGCCUCACAUUUGGAGUGUCCUUCUUUCAGACUGGUCUCACCCCUGAGAUAUAUUUCAACAGGAUGUUUUCAGAGCAGACAGACACAGCAGAUGUGGCAUCCAUAUCUUUACCUUCUACUGUCGAGAACUUUUUCCCAAACAGUGAAGCCACUCCUCGUGUCCAGUUCCAUUUUUAUGGCAAAGAAAAUCUCUUUCGGUGCACUCAAAGUAAUAUGAUGCUGAAUUCUUACGUGGUGUCUGCCAGUAUCACCAACGCCACAGUGAGUGACCUUAAGAUUCCAGUGGUGGUCACGUUCCAACAUCUUCAACAAAAAGAGGAUCAGGCCAUUGUCAAAUGUGUUUACUGGGAUUUCAAUAAGAACAAUGGAAUAGGAGGAUGGAACGAUGAAGGAUGUGAGAUUAAGAGGUCUAACGCCACUUACACACUGUGUUACUGUGAUCAUCUCACACAUUUUGGAGUUCUUCUGGAUAUCUCUAAAACCCCAAUAAAUCCAGAAGAUGAGAAGAUUCUAACUGUCAUCUCUUAUAUGGGUUGUGGCGUAUCUUCCAUCUUUCUUGGAGUCACAUUGCUUACCUACGUGGCCUUUGAGAAAUUGAGAAGGGACAAUCCAUCAAAGAUCCUUAUAAACCUCUCAGUGGCCUUGCUAGGACUGAACAUGUUAUUCCUGGUAAACUCCUGGUUUGCCUCUUUUGACAGCGAUGAGCUUUGUAUUGCUGUCGCUGCCAUUCAGCAUUACUUUCUCUUGGCUGCCUUUACCUGGAUGGGACUAGAGGCCAUCAAUAUGUAUCUUGCCUUGGUCAAGGUCUUUAAUGCAUAUGUACCUUCUUACAUCCUCAAAUGCUGUGCUCUUGGAUGGGGUACACCUCUGAUAGUUGUGAGUUUAGUGCUUGCCAUUGACUUGGAAUCUUACGGCAGCACUGAUACCAGAACACCUCUUGAGAAAUCCACUUCAUUUUGCUGGAUAAAGAAUGAUGUAACUUUUUACACGACGGUGGUUUCAUUCGUGAUCCUGAUACUGGUCUGUAAUAUCGGCGUGUUCACUGUGGUGCUUGUGCAGAUCCGCAAAAUGCGGUUCAAUAAGACCACCGGCAGCAGAAAAGGACUAAUGCAUGACCUGCGUGUGGUGACCAGCCUUACCUUCCUGCUGGGACUGACCUGGUUACCAGCCUUCUUUGCUUGGGGUCAGGCCAAAACACCCCUCUUAUAUCUGUUCUCCAUCCUAAACAGUCUUCAAGGAUUCUUUAUCUUCCUGUUUUAUUGUUUGAUGAAAGACAAUGUAAGGAAACAGUGGAGGAUACACCUCUGCUGUGGGAGAUUCAGACUCACUGAAUACUCAGAAUGGACCCGCUCUGCUACAUUGGGAGCCAAAGUAAAAGGAGGUCUACAAGAAUCACCAUCUAUAAAGUCAGAGACCACCAGUGACAGAAAGACCUCUGACUGCUCACAUUCAGGGUCCAGUCACGAUCAGGUUUGCUUGACCCAGGACAGGGUGAAGUCUUCUGUGUAA